CAAAAAAGUACUCCAUAUAUUUAUAACCGAGCCAUUCGAGUCCUUGGUGACUACAAAAAUGUCUUUGAGGUCAAACAUCAAACACUUUAUAAACGCUACUUCAGUUCGCUCAUUUUCACGCAACUUCCAUCACAGUGGUCGGCAUUCCUUUCCGCCGGAGCUAGCUGGUCCACCUCUGCAACAAGGUCCAUACCAUCUUCUCAAAGAAGACCCUAUUGAAGUUCUAUCCAACCUCUGGGUCAAGACCUUCUCACAACCGGGAAAGCCCUUCUCUAACCUUACCGGAUUCCUCUCGAAGCUAGACCUCUGGGUCCUUGCCUACCAGCGUACCUGCGCCCACGUCACUGGCUCCUUUCCUCCCCGCAAUGCAAUCCACAGUCACAUCCUCUCAGAUCUUGUGUCCCUACGAAACACGGUUGUUUCCGGAAAAUUCAUCUGGAACGACAAGGCGCAUCCAGUAAUUUGUGGACCCAACGAAAGACCCAUUGCGAACCUCUCCCGCCGCCAGCUCGAUACUGUUCUCACCUCCAAAGCCCCGCCGUUUCAGGACCAGGAACCCCCACACUGUCAUCCGGACCAUCAGGAGUAACUUUGCUGGGUAUUUAUGGUAUUUGAGAGGUGAUGUAAGUGACAUUUUCGAUAAUGUUGAUAUGAACACAGCCAUGGAUUGCAUUGGAAAAGUCUUGAAGGAUAAGAAGGUAUUAAGCUUGAUCAGAUCAGGUUUGAGAGCAGGAAGCAGUGAUGAAGGCAAAGAGAAGAAGUUGGAUAAAAAGAAAUCGAAAAAAACCCAGACAAAGAAAAGAAUUCUGAAAGCAAAUGAGCCGAAGCCAGACCCAUAUUGGCUCAGGGCGUUCUAUGAUUUUUCACCAGAAGAGGCUGCAAAGAUACCAAAGUAUGGGUACUGUGGGAUUCUCAGUCCAUUGCUAGCAAACGCCUGUCUAAAUGAGCUGGAUCAUAUGAUGGAAGAGAAGAUAGUUGAGUUCUUCAGGCCCUGCGAGCUUGACGCUAUUUGGAAACACUCUAUUGAUGAUGGUUGUCAUAAUCCGUCUUGGCCCGAGUUUGUUCCGUCGAGCGGGAAAGGGAAAACGAGAAAGAUGGACUACAUUCGGUUCGGGGGACAUUUCUUGAUUGGCAUAAGAGGUCCUAGGCAAGACGCCGUGGAUGUUAGGAAGGAAAUAAUCGAGUUUUGUGAGAGAGAGUAUGGCAUAAGAUUGGAUAACUCAAAAAUUGAAAUAGAGCACAUUAGUAGGGGGGUUCAAUUCUUGGAUCAUAUGAUUUGUCGCAGGGUAAUAUACCCCACACUCCACUACACAGCUUCAGGAGGGACUGUUGUGAGCCAGAAAGGCGUAGGGACACUUCUCUCCGUCACUGCCAGCCUGCAACGAUGUAUUCGCCUGUUCCGGCAGCUCAAGCUUGUGAAGGGCGACAGUGAUCCAGAGCCACUUCCUUGCACCCCAAUGCUUUAUUCCGGUCAAGCUCAUACUAAUGCUCAAAUGAAUAAGUUGCUUGAGACCUUAGCGGAUUGGUACAGGUUUGCAGAUAACAGACGGAAAGUUAUCGGCUUUUGUGCUUACGUGAUCCGUAGCUCUCUGGCUAAGCUGUAUGCGGCCAGAUAUAGACUAAAAUCUCGUGCUAAGGUGUAUAAGAUUGCAUCACGCGAUCUGAGCCGUUCCUUGAGGGAACACAGUAACAACGCCGCACCUGAGUACUCUGAUCUUCUGAGGAUGGGACUUGUUGAUGCUAUUGAAGGUGUUCAGUUCUCUCGCAUGUCCUUCAUCCCGUCAUGUGAUUACACCCCUUUCCCUAGGAGCUGGGUCCCAGAUCAUGAGAGGAUGUUGCAUGAGUAUGCCAAAUUACAAGAUCCUAAAUUUUUUUGCGAACUGCUCAAGUCUGUGAAAAGGAAGUCUUUGUCUUUACCGCAAGAUGAGGUGUCUGAAAUUGUUUGGGACUACAAGACACUCGGCGUGCAAAGCAAGCGAUUCAGUGGUGAUUAAGAAGAGCAAAAUUAUAUGGGACUCAUGAUUUUUGGGAUAAUGAGAGAAGGGGCAUAGUUCAACUAAGGCAAUCCGACUAGCAGUAGUCUCAAGUUUGUGCCACAACACUUUUUUCCCAAGACAACUGCUCUUCAUUCUUGAAGAUCACUUUUGGUUUACUCAAAUGCCAUGGAUAGUUUCUAUGUAUAGAUAAUAGAAGUGGUGAUCUUUUCCAAACAGCUCCUGCCCUUGAGAAGUGUCUCUGUUCACACGCUCUCUUUCUUAAACUAGUAGUGUUUAAAGAGAGUUAAUCGCACGCACUGCUCUGAAGCCCAUGAUAUGAUGAACCCUUGAGCUAGGUGAUAUGAGAUUUCCUGCCCUCACCUACCACUACCUACUAAGUCAUAUCAUCUGUCUUCCUAUUUUAGCCAUUUCAAAUCUCAAUGUAUAAACUGCUACAGAAGUACUACGCAUUAUUUUAGUGUUGUCUGCAACAUUACCUUCGUUAGUGAAGAACUAACUUAUUACAUAGUAAUUCAUUGCCAAAUAUUACUCCUUAGUGUCACCAUAAAAGUUUCCGACCAUAGCUUACCUUGUUGACAUGGAGGAGCCACCAUCUCUUAAUAUCUAAAAGCAAAAAUAGAAGUUUGAUGGAAAAUUUAGCUACAUUGCUGCCCCUUACCUUUUUAUCUAACGCAUGCAUCAUUUCCCGUGCCAUCAAAAUGUGACCACAGAUAUCGCUAGAUUCCAUAAACCCAACCUGCUCCUUAGAAAUUAGCUUAGGCAAGAUUAAAACAAGUCUAUUGGCCAGCACUCUGGUACCGACCGUGCUGAUAAAUCUUUAAAGGCAAAUAGGUCGGAACACAGAAAAAUUCAAAAAUCUUUAGGUCUCACAUUUUUGGGCAUCAAAACAAUAAGAGUGCUUCCUAUAGAAUGAGGCAUUGGAUUGCCUAAAAAAUCUUGUACAGCGUAAGUGACAUCUUUUCUCACAAUAUCCCAGCAACUGCGAAACAAAAUUCUGUUCAAACCAUCUGUCCCUGUUGGAGGGCACUAUCUUUUCAGCUUCC